UAAUUUCUAAGUAAGUUCAUAAACUAAGUUAAAAUGGAACCUAUUUAUUUUAUAAUCAGAAAGUAACUAAAUAAGCUUUAGUUGCAACAUCAAUAAAUAUCGUUAGCAGCCCUGCAUUAGUAAGUUUUGGAUGUUUUGCUGGACGAGAGCUAAUCAAUUGACGGAAACCAAAUCAUUACUAACUUCAAUUUACAUAUGUAAAGCAAAAAGAAAAAAACAAAAUAAGAAAAAAAAAAGUAGAAUAGAAAUUCUAAUUGUUACUUUAAGAUAUCCGAUAACUAUCCGAUAAAAGGUAUACCCAAGCGCGGGCUUACUAAACGCCUUAGCAUUUUCGCAUAUCGGUACUACGUUCACGUUAACUGCAGCGGCAUCAUUUUUGCUUGAUUUUGAAGCGAAUUUUGUGCGGUGAAAAACUUGACAAAAGUGCUUGGCUUGAUGUGCUAAUAUGUGUAUAUUCGUUUCGCCAAACACCCGAUAAGUUAAUCACACUCAUCAAUAAUUUCUUUUGAAAAAAUUUGAUGAAUCGCAACGCAGUUAAGAUUUUGCAAAUAUAUCGACGCACAUGAAAAGUGUAAUAUGGAGGAUAUAGAAUACCUAGACGAGUACAAAGACUUGGUUAUGCCAGGGAUCAAGUCUGGUGCGCCGCCAGCUUCUGCAGGCGUCUCACGGCACCGUCGGAUUUCGUCAGACUCGAGCAAUUCGUCGUCGAUUGAUGCAGACAUCUUCCAGAAGCUUUUCCACGGCAAGUACCUCAAUGACGAGGUGCUUAAUGCGCCUUCUGGUUCUAAGUCUCAGGACAGACGACGCCGCUCCCCAUCCCCGUCCUCCUCCUCCAGCGAUGAGUCAAACGAUGCCUUGGAAGCCCUUUUCAAUCCGAGAAGUAGCAAAUCGAAGCCAAUCAAGCGACGCGAACGCUACGAGUCCUUUGAUUCGGUGGACGAUCUUGGGGAAGCCCUAAUGCGUCCGAUGCAGAAGUCUACUGUACACAAGUCCAAAACAUCCCAGGCAGGCGGCAAAAAAUUACACGCACAACCUUCACACAGGAGCAAAAGCAGCAGCAGCAGCCACUUGGACCAGUCUCAAGUCAAGAAACCACAGACUAUAUCAUCAACCAAAACCGAAAAAUCCAGUCUUAGUGCUGAAUAUCGCAGUCAAAGUGCCAAAAACAGGAAUCGUAACUCUACACCCACCAAGUCGACAGGAUCUCUAAAUGGCAGUAGUCUAUCAUCUGCCAAAAAUAAGACAGUGACCAUCAUUAAGGCACAGAGAGCUGAUGUAACAGCUUCAAAGCAGGAACCCAAAACUGAUCCAUUAACUCUGCAAAAUUUAUAUGACGAUUCAGACAGUGAUUCGUCCUACGAGUAUGAAUCAGACUUCUACGGCGAUUACGACUCAGAUGAAGAGGAUGAACCAGUGAUCGACAUUUCAACGGACACAAGCAGGACCACAUCGGUGGCGGACACUGUGACACCUGUUGUUUCCGACGACGAAGGCCAGGAUCUGCAAAGCGAGCAAAAUGAACGAUCUGACAAUAAUCAAGAGUCGAUAUUGAGCGGCGCGUAUGAACGUCUGCAGUCUUACUUGAGUAAUCUCAGUUGCGCUGAGGCGCCGCCAAUCUAUAAGAAACAGAACAGUGCACGGAAAUCCCGCUCCAACGAAAAGAAACCCUCUUCCUCUGAACAGGUGAAGCAUGCUAAUGAGCGACCAGUGGCCAGUGACAAAGAGGAGACGGAUAAAAAGGAGCGGCUGCUAGAGCCACCGGAGGCCAGUAGUAGUGCCAAAUCCUCUGCUAGCAAGGCCAGUGUUAAUCGUAAGCUGUACGCCGUGGAUGCUAAUGUCACGCUCGAGAGUGUUGAGCGCAUGAGCCAUGACCUGGCCGAGCAGAUCAUGGAAAUCGAUGUUGAAUUCGAAAAGCGAUCCGGGUCAAAAACGCGAAGCGGAUCAAAAUCUAAGAUCUCAGCGGAUUCGGGUAGCCCAUCUCUUCUGAGCAAGAGUCAUGUGCGCAAGCUCACCUACUCCAGUGAACAGUUGGAUGACUCUGAGCCCUCAGGGACGAUGUUGCGGCGGUCAAAGAGCGAGUCCUUUCCUAAGCAAGAACGCUCUAGGGGUGAAAAGCAGCGUAAGAGUCGUGCUGCAACCACGGAUGAAAAAACGCUUACUGCUCCGGAAGGACAGGGAGAGACACCCAAAAAGAAACGCGGAAGACCUCGCAAAAUUAUUCCAAAUAAGGAAACGUUAAAAGUGGAGACUACCGAAAAACCAACCGAAAGCUUGGACAAAGAUAUUUCUCAGUUAAUAGAAGCAAGCGGAAUGGAAACCGCAAAGGAGACAAUUAUUUCGAAAGAACCAAUAGAGCACGAUGAACUAAAUGCAGAUUUAGAUAAAGCCAAAGACUUCGCAGGAUUUGACAACUUAUCCCAGGAUGAUAAUAAAAUUAACUCAUCUCCGCAAGAAACGGAUAUCAAAAGCGCCCCAGAUAGGGGUUUGCAACUAGAUGAAGAGUCUAUACGGAAUCUCGAAAAGGGUCAGCUUUCUAUACCAGCCACAUCUGUCGAUACUUUGGACACCGCACACGAUCACAGAGAAAGUGAAAGCGCAACAAAUCUUAAUGAAUUGGUAGAUACAACAUUAAUUACACAAAAGGAUGACACUAAGAAAGACUCUGCCACUGAGAGCAUUGAAAACAUAAUUAAAGCUACUGAAGAUGUUGAAUUACCUGGAACUGCAGAUGCUAAUGCUAAGACAAUGGAGGUGUCAGAAAAUAUACUUGAACAGAGCGAUUCCCAGCUGGCAGAGGACAUUAAGUUGGCUGAAGAGAUUUUGGCCGCUGAAGUCGGUAAAGGAAUUGAAGUUAAUGAAGUAGUGGCAUCAGUAGAAGGAGAACAAGAUCCUGUAACUGAAAUAGUCAAAGAAUUGGUGCAGGAAACAAUUUCUCAAGUUGCAGUUAUACCAAAUGAACAAGAGCAGCCGGAUGAAAAUUCUCCAGUUGUAGAGCUAAAUGUAGCUGAUAAACUAGUUGAAAAUCAUGAUGAACCUUUCCCAGUUGGAGAGCCAAAUUUAGCUGAUGAACCAGUUGAAAAACAGACUGUAGAUGAUGCUGCACAUCCACCUGAAAAUGAACCACAUGCAGAUGAGCAAAAAUCGUAUAUAGAGCUAACUCCUGUUGAAGACCAACAUUCUAUUGUGGAAGAGGAAACAACAGCUGCGAAAGAUGAACAAUCUGAUGAGCAAAAUCAAGCUCAAGCUAAGGAGGAGCCUUUGCCAAGUUACGAAAUUCUUCCCAGUGUAGACACUCCAACUAAGAAUCGAAUUUAUGAGGAAGAUCCAGCUCCGGACGGCAAGCUUUUGCAAAGUUCCCAGGAUCCUCCUAGCAUAGUCAGUCCAGCUAAAAAACAAAAUCAUUCUUCACCAGCUAAUACUCCGAAGAAAUCACGAGAGCUUGAGGCUUUAGGAAGCUCGGUUCCAAGGAGAUCUCUUAGGUCCGAUAAAGCAACUCCCCAGAAUCAACGGAGUAGUCGCUCGAGGCGUUCACUAAGAACUGAACUAACUCAACUUCUGGAUGAGUCAUCAAGACGAAGUAGUCCAAGACUAGGAAAAUCGCCGGCAGAAAGCCAUUCCUCACAAGAACGCUCUCCAGUGGAAAAGAAAGUGAUAACCUCAAAGUUAGCCAAAGAAAAGAUAGCUUCAGAAAACGGGAUGGUGGUAGAGGAAAAAUCACAUCCACCUGAGAGUGCAACUAACGUUCUUAACGAUAUCAAAACAACUGAGCAUAUUGGGGAUGCUGAUCCGCCCAAUAUUUCAGCAGAGAAUCUGUCUGCCGCUGAAAUAAAAAAAGAGAGUCUUGGGACAUUGAAGUCAAAAAAAUCUAGAAGGAGUCGCGGAUCACGAAGAAAAAAACCAACUUCUGAGUUACACGAAGAACUUGCUACAACAAUAAAGUGUGCUGAAGAAUUUUCAACCUGUAGCGAAUCAGAGCAGAAAAAUGAGGAGAGGGGAGAUCUAUUGAAUUCACCUAUUGCAGAACCACCUGUUAGUAAUAGCAAUUCGGCUGUAGAACAAUCUGUAGCCAAGGUUUCCGAUACGGAACAGAGUGAGGAAAAACCCUUGAGUCCACGAAAAACACGUAGAAUGGUAAAAGAAAGAGACACAUCUGAAAGCGAAACACCUUCCGACUAUUUACAAGCUAAAAGUGAUGAUAAUCCUAGUACGACACAUAGUAUGGAAUCUGUUGUGCACUCAGAAACUCAGGGGUGCAAUACGGUCGCCGUUAUAGAGGAGCGAACCCCUGGUCGAUUGAGUCGUAGGGACAAAGCGAUCAUUGAUGCUGGCAAAUCCCAAAAAGUUGAAAGACCCUCUGCCAAAUCUCAGUCUGCUGGAAGAAAGCGUACUUCGAAAGAAAAACCUUCCAAUCAAAGUCACAAUAAGGUGCCUAAUAAGGCUAUCGAACCAAUUAUUACUGAUAAUGACAAGGAAGAGGACAAAUCAAAAAGCGAGGAAAAAUCUAGUGACAGUUCAAGCGAGUCAAAUCCUGAAAAAAUCUCAUCAGAAGUCAUUACAAAGCAAAGCAUGCAAGACCAGGAAAACGCAGACUCGGAUUCAAUUUUAAAAGAGUCAGCUGAGGAUUUAGCUAAGGUUUCAACUAUGGUAGAUGAUAAAAAGCCCAUAGAUAAAGUUGCUGAAUCUAACAAAGAGCAAUGCUUAAAUACGGAAAAAGAUAAACCCGCUUCUUCUGAUGAACCAGAAUCGGGCCCAAUUUCAAUAGAACUCUCAAUAGAUUCAGCUGAGCCUAAGGAAUCUGAAGUAAAGUCCAAAGUCAGGAGUAAGAAAGAAGAAAAGAAUCCUAAAGAAUCUGAAUCGGAGAAUGAUAAAGGCUCAGGGGUUAAAACAAAAACAGCCUCUUCUUCAUCGAUGGCCAGCGUCGAAAAAACUAUGGUUACACCUGAAGUAAGCAAAGGCAAAACAAUUGGAAUAGGGAGCGGAAGGAUCAGAAAACGUAGGCAAGCAGUCCCAAUUGAGGAUCCAGAGGAUACAUUUGGGAAUACUACGCUUACAGAAAACGAAACCCCUGCCGUUUCCUGCUUUAGUGACAAGGACUCAGAUCCCUUUUCUCCGUUUAUAAAAAUACCAUCGAAAACAUAUAUAAUGAGUAAACGGAUCAAAACACCAUCAUCGCCCUCUUCUGAAGCAUUGGAAAAUGUUCCGAAAACAAGCGAUUUAGAACUCACACUUGAAGGAAAAUCUGAAAUCAAAAAGGAAUUAUUGACUUCAAUACCUAGUACUAGCGAAAUUUCAGAAUCGUUGUCUUCAAAUGAGGUUAAAGAACUUUCUUCUCCAACGCAAAAUACGAAUGAAAGUUCCACAACCUCUAUUGCUCCUAUAAAAAGGCACCAACGAACCAAAAAGUCCUACGGUGCAAGAAGUAAGUCUUCGAAAUCGAAGACUAGAAAAUCGAAUAAUACUUUUGAAAAUAGUACCAACAUAGCUUCUGAAUCCUCUACCUCUACAAACCAAAAAGAACCGAGCUCUCCUACAGUCUCUUGUCGCAAACUUCGCGUUUUAAUUAAAAGAACUCCCACUUUAGAUUGGACUAAAAACACAAAGAAAACAUCCUCCCUAAACAAGAAUUCAGCCAAGUCAAAGCGAUUAAAUAAAAUUAUUGAGAGCAUCGAACCUUCAGAGCAAUGUGAUAAUAAUCCAGAAACAGCUUUAGUUGAAACAAGCCCCGGGCUUAAUACUGAUCCAGAAUCAUUUCCCGAGCCUGAUCUGGGUCAUGAAACUAAUAAAAUCCUAAAUGAAGUAGUUCCUAAGGAAAUAUCGGAGAAUCUGGCUGCCAACACUAAUAAUGAACAAAAAAAUAAACUAGAAACAGAUCAGGACGAAUUAGUAGAAGAUGUAGAAACUUCUGCCGAGGGUGAAAACCCAAUCCCAAACAAUUCUCCUGUUUUAGAGGAGCCCAAUAAAGACGAAUUUAAAUCAAUAACAAAUGCGACCCAUGAGGGGGAUAUCUCAGAAGGAGAGUCACCCGAACUACAAGUCCCAAAUGAGGAAAGCGUAAAACUUCUUCAUCCAAUAAAAGAAACCCCGAGCGAUCAUAAGUCAAGUGAGGAAUCAGCUUCUUUAGCAAAGACCUCUGAGGACGAGGACAUUGUAGAAAACGAGUUAUCAACUGUUGCGUCAGCUUUAACCGAACCUGAGACUGAUGUUACAGAUGAUGAAGAACCAGCUCAAAGCCCAAUCCCGGACUCAACGGAAACAACAAGUGUCAUGGACGAACCCGAAGCCACCACGUCCAGUGUGGUGAAGCGCAGCUUGCGUAAGCGAGAAGUGGAUUCUUCACAACCAGAUGAAGCUGCUAAACGAAAGCAACGCCAAGACAAGAAGUCCGUCACUGACAAAAAAGAAUUUACUAGACCUGCACGGCGUCACCAUCUACCGGAGGAAGAGGAACGACCUGUACACAAACGCUCCAAAUUAGACUCGGAAUCGAGAACCAAAUUCAUUUCUAUUAUAGGCAAAGAGACUAUAAUGUCGUCCACCACAGCACCCGUUAGGGAAACCAGAAGCGAGACGACCAGCACAUAUGCAUCUGCAAGGAAAUCGGCAGCGAAGGAAUCCAAACGUUCUGAGAUCAACAAGCCUAUGUUAUUAGGACAAUCUGCCAAGAAACUGCUGAGGUCGAAUAGUCCAAUUCCGUUUACCAAAAAGCCUAUGGUACAGACCCUGCUGAGUUCUACACUUAGUCUGCACAAACCAGCGUCAGGAGAAGAUGGUUCUUCCGUGGCAACAAGAAAGUCUUUAAAUAAAGCGGAUCGAGAAGAAAACAAGGCCAGCGAUCAGCCGAUUCUCAGCAGUUCCAUUGUAGUCACUAAGAAAUCACUACCAUCCAGCAAGAAUCUUGAAUCGUUGAAGGAAGAUGUUUCAACCGCUGUUCCAAGAAAGGUUAAUAUAUCCGUUUCCGUGGUGCCCUUAAAGGAAACUUCUGCAGACACUUCAAUGGCCCCCGAUUCCACUCCUGAAACAUCACCAAUUUUGCAGCGAAAGGCACAGAAGGCAUCAAGAAAAUCGGAGACCAAUAGGAUUGUCGAGACCAAGAAAAAGGCCAUAUCCGUAGGCAAUGUGAAUCAGUUCAUUAAGUCGGAAGAAUCUGAAGAAAUAACAGAGACAUCGCCUUCGUCAGCUGUAAUUGGGCGGAAAAUACUUCCCCAACUAGAAUCUCAAAUAAAAACCGAAACCAUGGCAUCUGAGGGAGCUUCUUUAGCUCAAAGAUCACUUCCUCAGACAGAUUUCUCGAACAAACCCGAGUCCCGGAAAUCGGAAACUGUGAAAAAUAUCAGAACAGACUAUUCCGAGGAAAUGGGAAAAGUGGCCAGGGGUCGAGAGACAUCUAAGAAAAGAACAUCAGCUCAGCGCAGAUCGAAACACAAGUCCGGGUUACUUUCCUCGGAAGUGGAAACUACUUCCGACUCAAGGGAUUCCUCACGCGAAGACAGGACCUCAGCAAACCGUUUUGAUAAACAUGAUAACCCCGCGUCCGUGUCGCUUAAUAAGUCUGUUAAGAAAACACGAUCUUCUAGCAGCAAUAGAUCAUUGACUUUUACGCCUAUUCCCAUAUCUGGGGAGCAACAAAAUGAUUCUAAAGACCGUUUUACACCUAUCUUAGAUCAAAAUAGGCCGGCGAAGCAUACACCAUCCUUGGGUCAAUCGUUGAAAGGUCGUGGGCGUGGCGGACCACCCCGGCCGGUCUCUCUAAAAAGAAAGGCAGAAGAAGGAGCAGACCAUUCAGAUGUCGCUAAUCUAAAGCGUUCCAGGGAACGGGAGGAAGAUUUACGAUGCCAGGAUGUACCCGAUCAGGAUGGUGCUCUCAAGGCGUUCCCAGUGAAAAUAAUUGCUGCCCGUUUGGAUUCUUCUGUUGACCCUGAGCCAGUUUCCUCUGCGGCUAAACCAGCUGACCAUAAAACUAAGAUACGCAAACUUAGAGUAAAAAUUAAUCGCCGAUCCUUCAACAAAUGGCUUCGAGCGACAUGCGAGAGUAAAAGUCCCGUGACUAAAGCGUCAUCUUUAAAAUUACCAUCACCAUCACCACAAAAGGCGACUUCGGAAACGGAAUCUGCAGCAGAGUCAGAAUCAACAUUCAAACCUCAGGAAGAGCCGGUGGAGACUUUAAAGACAGUGCCUCCCUAUCAGCCUGAUUCAUGUCCAUCACCAGCCCCAGAAUUUCCAGUAAGAAAAAGCUCAACUCAGCACUCCCCCAAAACAGCUCAUGUUCCAUCGGCAGCCCCUGCUUUCCUUCCCGCUUCUAUGAAAGCCCAGACGAUAACCCAGCCAGCCAAUGCAACAGCGAAGACAGCGAUUUAUCCCUUGACUGAACAACAUCUUCCUGACGAGGCAACGUUGUUGGAAAAUGCAAAGAAGUUGGCGGACCAGCGGAGGGUGCAAACGUCCCAGGCCAAGUUAAUGCCUCUACCUGUUCCAAUUCCAGAGGUGAAGGCGGAACCAGAAGAUACUCCUCCAGAGGUCGCACAAGAGGAUCAAAUAACUAUCCCAUUACCUGUGAUUCCACAAACGCCAAUACCAUCGCAUUCACUUCCGAUGAUGGAGGACGUGAGCCCCUCCAAUAAUCAAGUCAACAACUUGGGCGUUUUUAAUUCUACCGUCCCCACCGCCACCCUUUCGAUUCCCUCGGCCAGUGCUCCAGGCGGUAAUCCCAACGCCAUUGGUCAGACCAAGUUGUACUCUUUCCUUUACCCGAAGCGCUAUAAACCAUCCUACGAUGACGUAGGCCUAGACUUUUGCUGUCCAAAUUUGGAUGGACCGAUGCGAGCUAUUGAUUUUACUCGUCUGCACUCGACGGCCGAGGUUCCGGUGUUGGAGGUGCCGCAGUACCUGGUUAUAACCACCAAGUUCAUUUCCAAGGCGGAUAAGAAUAUUCCGAGUAGAGUGCGGGCCAAGUUGGAAAUGCUAAGCAAGUAUAAGGAACAGGAACUCCUCUCUAAGGGUAGCACUUUGGCUUCUGGUCCCACGCCUUUUCCCACUCCCGCUCCCACUUCUGCACACACUCCAGAUAUCGGUGGUCUCGGUCCACCUGGUGCUUACGACCUGAAUACAGGUUCUUCUAGCAUUCCAACAACCGUCGGCCUGUUCAAUACAACAUCAGAUGUUCCAUCCAAUUCCUCUUUCGCAGCUGCAUCCACUUCCCAAUCUUCACCGAAUCUGGAUUCGCUAAGCAAUCAAUUGCCACGAGGAAUAACGCUAGCCAGGAAGUUACUGCCAACAGAAAGCUAUUCGAUGCUAGACAGUCUGCCGCCGACCCUCAUUCAGUUGCCACCGAUUUGUCCCGAAGACAAGCAACGCAUGGAGCUUCAAGCUAGGGUCCAAGUAUUUGACUUGGCGCUCCAGGUUCUUAGUCGGCGGGUAGCAACACUAACACUGGCCCAGAGACAGCGUACAAUCGAGGAAAUCGUAAGGUCCAGCUCGCUGAUGGCUAUCGAUGUUGAUGUGGGUUCCAAGCUAUUGGAGAACUAUGUACAUUACAUCGACGAAGUUACCAGCUCAACGACGCCCUCAUCUCCGACUCAAAUAGAUGCGAUGACAGCAAAGUUGUUAUCAGACGCUGCUAAUCCCUCGAGUUCAGUUGCAGCUACCAGCUCAUCGCUUUCCAGAAACAUCCUGAGCACAACAACCCCCUCCUCAUCUGCGCCACAUCACGGAACAAAGAAAACUGUUCAACAGCGCAGCUCCCUUCCCGCGAGUAUUCCCUUGUUCGAUGAGGACAAGAAUAUCAUUGGCUUUCGGUGCAAUACGUCCAAAGCAAGAACUCCGCUACCGACUUUGGGGCAAAAGGACUCUCCCUCCGAUUCCACCACACCUAUGAGAGCCUCGACAUCGGCAGCAGCAGCUGCGUUAGCGAAGACCCAGCCAAGGUCCUCAAAAGGAAGCAGAAAAAGUACAGUCGAAUCUCCAAGCCAGAUUGUAAAUCUGAAAACGACAGUGUCUUUAAACAUGCCAGCGAAAAGCAAGAAGAAUCAAACUGCAUUUGGCACCAUAAAAUCAAUAAAUCCUCCAGUAUCUGUGCAAAAACCGAUGAUAAGCAGGAAGAAAACUGCUCCGGUGCGGACAUUCAAUAAAAGCAAUACCAUAGGUCCACUUUCUGCGCAAGCAACUUUUGGACAAUUACCACCGGAACCAGAAGAGUCUAAAAUUUCAUUUAUGAGUGAAGAUCUUGCCGCCGAAUACGUAACCCCAGCCGGACUAAGUCACAGUAGCACCUCCAAUCCCAAUAUGUUUAUCAUGAAUCAGGCUUCGGAACCGGAAGAAUGCAUUCUGCCCGAUUCAAACAGUGACAUGACGCCCAUGGAGGCGGAAAUCAAGGGCGAACUGGAUGACUCUUCGGAGGCUAUUAUCUAGCGGCACAGACUAUCCCCAGAUGGAAAGUAUUUUAAGUUACUUUAACACAGUUAAUUAAGCAGAGUUAAUUACUUCGUUGAACGCAAGAACAGAAUUUUGUAAUUCUAUGAUGAAGAAUUUGUUAAACCAUCAUCCGAUAAUUUUUCAAAAAAUAAAUGGAUAUAUAUUAAUUAUGA